AUGGCAAUUCUUCUUGUCUGCAAGAAGGUGUACGAAGAAGCCUGCCUAAUAUUCUAUCGUGAGAAUACUUUUUCAAUCCUACAUCCCGACGUUCUUUUGGAUAUUUCGAAUGAAUAUCCCCGUGUAAGGGAUCAUCUAAGGCAUAUGCACAGCAUUGAAGUAAUCUUUCAUCACCGGGAUUUCCAGUACCUCAGUGGUCCGUUUUGCGAUGAUUUGCUUGCAGGAAGCAUUGCCUUGAAACGGCAGGACAAACAAGGCGGCAAAAAAACGGGCAAAAUGGCAAAGAAUCUGUUGAAGUACAGAGCUUCUAUACUCGGGGCCAGGACAUAUACCGCUGGCUGUGGGCUUAUUGAUCGAAAUAUAACUCCCAUACUCCCCCAUGCCCAAGACAUUAAGAGCAUGCAAGACUAUCUAUUUGGCCGGACCUUGACGUUUCUUCGUCAACACCUCCUUAUUUCCAACCUCGAACUGAAGUUCAUGGAAUGUAUUUGCCCUGAAGGGUGCUGCCGCUUAGCAGGGGAAAUUUUGAACUGGGGAACUAGAAAGACAUGGACCUUUGACCUUCCGCGAAGCAUAUCUGUGACAGGGGCCACGGAAGAAGAGCGGAAGCAGAUUUUAGAAACAAUUGCCCAUCAACGACCGAGUCCGGAGGUCGUUGACCUCUUACUAAAGCACCAAAGUCGACGCAAGUCUUUCACAAAUCGAUCCAUCAGAGGAAUCCUCAAGGCCAUUGAUCUGAGCAAAAAAUGA